AUGUCUACGUACACCGAGACUGCCACGGUUGCCGUGGAUAGGGCAGGUGCGGCUACGACGCCCGCUGGUGCAAGUUCACAGCAGCACAGCUCUUCAGAAAUCAUAGAGCUCCAGCCGGGUACACACUAUCAAAGACAGCAGAAGCAGACCAGCGAGCAGGAUGCAGCGUCUCCAGACAGAGCCGCAGAGACGCCUCAGGAUGCGGCGUCGGCCAAGGUUCCAUAUGCCAAACUCAUCGGCUGUGGCUUUUCCUUCUUUUUCUCGGGCGUCAAUGACGGCACACUCGGUCCUCUGAUCCCAUACAUCCAAACCACCUUCUCCAUAGGCACCGGCGAGAUAGCCAUCAUAUACGCAACAUCCUUCUUGGGGUGGUUCCUCGCCGCGCUCCUAAACCCCUUCCUCACGGGCCAAUCCCAGUAUGCGACGCUCGGCCGAAUCUUGGCUGUGGGCGCGGCGCUGCAGCUGGCGGCGCAGGUCCUGCGCAGCAUCCCCGUGCCGCAGCUGUCGCUGCCGCUCUACGCCGUCAGCUUCUUCGUGCAGACGCUGGGCAUGGCGCUGCAGGACGCCCACGGCAACACCUUUGUCAGCUCGGCAAACCUGGCCCACCGCUGGCUCGGUUUCAUCCACGCCUCGUACGCCGCCGGCACUCUGCUCGGCCCGCCCAUUGCCACCGCCAUCGCGUCCAGGGGUGCUGCGGCCGCUGUUGCCACCGCUGACCAGACCACCGGUGACGACUGGACGCGUGUCUACUUUGUGCUGCUCGGGAUUGGCGUGCUAAACCUUGUCGCUGUGGUGUUCGGCUUCUCCGACACUAUCUGGAAGCGGCAAGGGGUUGUCACUCCCGUCGCCGACGGUGGGAAUGCCGAGGAGGAGAGCGGCACGGCUCGGACCAUCCAGUCAAAGUCGGCGCUGCAGGACAUGCAAGGCCUCUUCUCGCUUCGUUCAUUCUGGAUGCUUAGCCUUUUCUACUUCUUUGAGCUCGGGGCCUGGAUGACGGCUGCAGGCUGGGUGGUCGAGUAUCUCGUCAAGGUCAGGUCCGGCGAGCUCUCCAAGAUGGGUUACGUCCCUACGGGAUGGAACGGCGGUAUACUACUGGGCCGCAUCCUGCUGGCAGAGCCCACGUUUCGCCUCGGGGAGCGGCGAAUGAUUCUGAUCUACAGCGCCAUUUGUACUGCCCUGCAACUCGUCUUUUGGCUCGUCCCCAACAUCAUCGCCAAUGCCACAGCCCUCAGUAUCAUGGGCUUCUUCUUCGGGCCAUUCUUUGCCACGGGUGUAUCCGUAGGCUCAAAACUUCUUCCUCGGAAAGUCCGAUCUCAAGGUCUAAGCCUCAUAUUCGUCGUAGCCCAGGCCGGCGCCUCUUUGUUCCCAUCGCUCACGGGCAUCAUUGCGACGAGAGAGGGUGUUCAGGUCCUGCAGCCCAUAGUCCUCGCACUGAUUGUUGCUGGCGGCACUUGUUGGUGGCUUAUACCCAAGGGCCCGACAGAGUCGACCCGUGCAUACGUCCCCCAUUUCCCCGAAGAGGACUCCAAGCUGCGAGCCACAAGCGUACAGGUCCGGCGAGGCGGCAACGGCGCCAACACGCUCGAGGUCCUCCAGCAGCUCUUGCCACGAUGCGGAGACCAGCAGGGCCAAACGUGUCCAAGCCUGCAUCUCAUGACGCCUUUGCCGGACGCAGAGUCUCCUGAAACCGCGCAGGUUGUCGACUCGUUCGGCACCGACAGUCCCGUUGAUUUGAGUCUCUGCCUGCAUCGGAAGGGGAUCCAAAAGGCCGCGAGCAGCUACAUAGUCCGCAGCAAUGCAACCGGGUCGAGGACGAUUGUCAAUCACAACCCGCUGUCCGAGAUGGAAGUGGACGAGUUCUUGCGAGCAGCAGAAACUUGGUUCUCAAAGAUGCAAGCCGAGCCGAGCAGGACGUGGUGGCACUUCGAGUGUAUCCGGCACCUGCGCCGACACUGGCCCUCCGUCAGGGCAAAAGGGUACCGGAGUCCUGAGAAGUUUCUGCGGCGAGAGGCGCCGCGUACUGCGUCACACGUCUUUGUCACCUGGGGCGGACACGGCGCAUCGGCCAUGGUAAUAAAUGGUCAAGACGAAUACCACCAUUGCGCUGUGAGGGAUGUGCAUGUUGACCACGGAAAUGACGAUAUCCGUGUAGUGGACACUGUUGGAGCCGGUGACACCUUCAUAGCGGGGAUCUUGUUUGGAUUUGCAUGCCACCCUGACGACUGGGACUUGCCGCGCAAGUUGCGAUUCGCUGUGCGGCUGGCCACUCAAAAGGUCCAGAUGGAUGGUUUCGGCGGUCUGACGGCACCGGGUAACGACGACUUGUCUUCCUGA